CUCUCUCUCUCUCUCGUUCUGUGCGGUUUCGACUAUGAGCCACGGGGCUCUUGUGAGCAAUGUUUUCAAAGUCUGGAAUUGAUUUUAAUGGGGAGUAUCCUUCGCCCGCUUUUCAACCUAUGGAUCUAUUGGGGCUUUCAUACUCGGUUUAAACGCAGCAGCCGAGCGCAGUUUCUCACCUUAUUGCUUUGUCCGCGUCGCUCAAGACAGCUAUCAGCGUGGAGCAGUAAAUGCAGUAAGGGCUGUAAACUGUGCUUUUACUGCCUAAACUUGCCGGCAGAGCUAUACUAAUUGUGACAUACACAAGUAAAACGGAGAGAAAAAACACUUUUCGUCGUUUGGGUGGUUUUAUUUUAUUUUUACGGUUACAUUAUAUUUUCAGUUUUUAGAUUCCAGUGGCUGGAUUGUCUCUUUUUAAAAAAAAUUUUUCUUAAAAGGAGUUUUAUUUUAGGAAUUGACACAUCAUUGGCUCGGAGGAGGGCAGCUCGGAGGUGAAGCUCACCAGGACGCGCCCUCGCCCUGAGGCUCGAGCAGCAGAAUGAGUGCCGCUUGGAGAUGUCUGCUGGGCGCCUGCCUCCUCACCCUGGUGGCGGCGGCAGCAUCCAGUAGCAACCCGUUCGCAAUCCAGCAGAGCCCCGCAGAUCCCUGCUACGACGAGAACGGUGCCGCCCGGAGAUGCAUUCCCGAGUUCAUCAACGCCGCGUUCGGGAAGGAGGUGCAGGUGUCCGGCACGUGUGGCCGGCCACCGUCUCGGUCCUGCAGCGUGGUGGAGCGUGAGGAGAAGCCGGCCGUGCGCACCUGCCAGAUCUGUGACGCCGCGGACCCGCGCCGGGCCCAUCCCGCCUCCUACCUCACUGACCUCAACUCGGCUCACAACCUCACUUGCUGGCAGUCAGAGAACCUGCACACCUCUCCGCACAACGUCACGCUCACACUGUCCUUGGGCAAGAAGUUCGAGAUCACCUAUGUUAGCCUCCAGUUCUGCUCGCCACGGCCCGAGUCCCUGGCCAUCUUCAAGAGCAUGGAUUACGGCAAGACCUGGACGCCGUACCAGUUCUAUUCCUCACAAUGCCGGCGCAUGUACAGUCGGCCCAACAAGGCAGCGAUCACAAAGCAGAAUGAGCAGGAGGCUCUGUGCACGGAUGGACACACUGACCUCCAUCCCCUCUCCGGAGGCCUUAUUGCCUUCAGCACCCUGGAUGGCCGUCCGUCCGGAAAGGACUUCGACAACAGCCCCGUCCUGCAGGAUUGGGUGACCCUGACCGACAUCCGCGUGGUAUUCAGCCGCCCGCAGCUGCCCCGCGACCUGGCCGGGGCCGGCCGGGAGGAGGACCCUUCGGCUCCAUCCUCACCCAUGCCGACGUACUUUUAUGCGGUGGGAGACUUCCAGGUGGGUGGGCGCUGUAAGUGCAAUGGACACGCCUCGCGGUGCCUGAAGGAUAAGGAGGGCAAGCUGGUCUGCGACUGCAAGCACAACACUGAGGGCCCCGAGUGCGACCGAUGCAAACCCUUCCACUAUGACCGGCCUUGGCAAAGGGCCACAGCACGGGAGGCCAACGAAUGUCUGCCUUGCAACUGUAAUCUUCACGCUCGCCGCUGCCGCUUCAACAUGGAGCUGUACAAACUGUCCGGGAGGAAGAGCGGGGGGGUGUGUAUGAACUGCCGACACAACACUGCCGGCCGCCACUGUCACUACUGCAAGGAGGGCUUCUACAGGGACCUCUCCCGGCCCAUCAACCACCGCAAGGCUUGCAAAGCUUGUGACUGCCACCCAGUGGGCGCUGCUGGUAAGACGUGUAACCAAACGACGGGUCAGUGCCCCUGCAAGGACGGCGUGACGGGCAUCACCUGCAACCGCUGCGCCAAGGGCUACCAGCAGAGUCGCUCUCCCGUGGCCCCCUGCAUCAAAAUCCCGGUGGUGAACCCAACCGCAGUGGUCAGCAGCACAGAAGAACCAGCAGACUGUGAGUCGUACUGCAAGCCUGUGAAGGGAAACCUGAAGAUCAACAUGAAGAAGUACUGCAAGAAGGAUUAUGCCGUGCAAGUGAACGUUCUGGACAUGGAGACCGUGGGCGACUGGGCCAAGUUCUCUGUCAACGUGGCGUCGGUCUACAAGAGCCGUGGGGAGCCGCUGAAGCGGGGCGACAACUUCCUCUGGAUCCAUAUGAAGGACCUGGGCUGCAAGUGUCCCAAAAUCCAGAUGAGCCAACGCUUCCUGGUGAUGGGUACCAACAACAGCGGGUCGGAGCGGACCGGCCUGCUGGCCGACAAGAACAGCCUGGUCAUCCAGUGGAGGGACGCAUGGACGCGACGACUGCGAAAGUUCCAGCGCAAGGAGAAGAAGGGGAAGUGUAACAAGGCGUGACGGGAGAGCGCCCCCUACCAAGCUCCUGAUGCCUUGCAGGAUGGAGCAUGCCCGGGAACGGCACACAUACAAAGACUGCAUGUGUUAUGCCCCUUUAAGGACCACUUUGUGUAUAUUGUACUAUUUCCUGCCGUUUCUUGUUGUUUUUCAUUCGCGUGUGACUUUUUUUUUUAUUGGUCUGCCUUGAAAAGGGACCGUUAAAAAGGGUACAACGUGUAGAUGAGAAUUCAUGCCAUUCUCCCCGUCCUUGACAAAGACAGUAGAAAUUGUGAACUUGUCCCCCUCCCUUCAUCCCCAGACUGGUUACCUCUUAACACAAUUUAUACUUUUUAGUAUAAAGCGACACAAUCUUCUGCCAUUAGCUAAAACCCAGUCAGAUUCUGUGCCGCCACCCCUGCUUUCUGCCUGAUUUGCCGUCACUGCUGCCGUAACGCCUCUCCGCUGCUUAGGGAUUGGACGGCAAAGACGCCACAGGCUGCCACAGCCAGCGAGACUCCUCAUUGGACCGCAGGCCCAAAGUCCCUUCACGGUUUAGCCUAUGGGAGGAAAUUCCUGGAGGUCUGGGAUUCGCUGGUUGCUGGGCAGACUGCAUAUUUUCCACUGUCCCUGUCACAUGACCAAGGUGACAGGCGGGCUUGUCCUGAGGUGUUUUCUUUCCUUGAAUUCCAGCUGCUACAGCCACAUCACUUUGCCCCCCCCCCCACCCAUCACCCAUAAUCCCUUGCACCAGAAGGGUACUUGAUGUAAACUGUCCUUGGCAGACGAAUCUCUGAAAUGCCAAUGUCAUGUGACCAGUGAUCCUGUGUUUCGUCUGACUGCUUGAGUUUCACCCACUUCUUCCACUCAUAUCACGUUGCAAACUGACAGGGUUGCCAGGCCAUUUCCACGAGACAGAUCAAAAAUGUACAUGUCUUUGAUUAUUGUUUUCACCUGUCAGGUCAGCCUCUUUAUGUUUUUCAUUUUUAACAGAUGCCUGUGUUUACAUACGUGAGGACGUGUGAGGAUUUUAAGCAUCAUAGGGCCCAGUCUGCUUAGGUUCAGUGGCAGACGAGGAUGGCAGACGAGGAAACGAAAGAAAGCAGAUUGUUUCCAAAUGAUCACAGCUGAAAAGAGGCUUUGCAGUCAGCCUUUGGUUUGAUGCAGGCUGUGAUGACACUACCACUUCUUUUAAAUGUUUUCUUUCAAUCCAUCACCUGUUGUAAAUUGAUAAAAAGGAAAACGAGGACAAA